UGGAAAUAAAUUAAAGAGAGGUGGUAGUGAACUUUCCGUUGUUUCCUGAGUUACAGUAAACGCGUUUGUGUAUGAAUGAAGUUCGUAGCCGUGGCGUUGUAGUGUAAGGUCUAUGAUGUUGACAAAGCUGCCGUAUUGGUAGUCGAAGUGACGGAUGAAAUUUGUGUACCGUAUAAUAUGCGUUAUGAAAGAUUGGAACCCGAAAAACCACUGCUUUGAGAAAUCAGGAAAGAUUGUUGCACGUAGCAGAAAGAAGUUCCACCCCUAUGUCAAACACCACAGGGAAACUGAGAGGUCCUGGACGACCUCCGAAGCCCAGAACCUCAUGUACGUGGUGCAAUGAAAAUAAACUCCCGUUGAAGUAUAUACUUCCCACUCAACAUGCUAAGAAAGAAUUCUGCUCUGAAACUUGUUUGUCAGAGUUCAGAAAAGCAUAUAUUAAGGGAGCUUGCUUGGUGUGUGACAAUGUUAUACGUGGAACACCUGUUCGGCUUGAGCAACAGGGUGGCCCAACAAAGGACUUCUGUAGCACUUUCUGUCUUAACAAGCACACAAAGAAGGAGCAAGCUGCUCAGCUAGCAGAUCAAAAGAGAGUUACAGGGUCUGAUCAACGGACAAUAAAUUCGCCUCCCACGGCUACUGUGCAGUCUGUGCCUCCAGCAUCACAGCUUGAUUCCACAAACAGCACAUUUGAUUGGGAUUCUUAUCUUAAAGAAACAAAUAGUGUCGCAGCUCCUCCAGAAUUUUAUAAGCAGGCUCUCACUCCGCCAACUAACGACUUUCAGAUUGGAAUGAAACUAGAAGCUUUGGACCCAAGGAACUUGACUUCUACAUGUAUUGCUUCUGUUGUUGGUAUUCUUGGACCACGUUUGCGCCUAAGACUGGAUGGAAGUGACAACAAGAAUGACUUUUGGCGUUUGGUGGAUUCAAAUGAAAUACACCCAAUUGGACAUUGUGAGAAACAUGGUGGAAUGUUACAGCCGCCACUAGGUUUCCGGAUGAAUGCUUCAUCCUGGCCAAUGUUCCUUCUAAAAACCCUCAAUGGUGCAGAAAUGGCACCAGCAAAGAUCUUCAAGAAGGAACCCCCAACACCAAGAAGCAAUCAGUUUCAGAUUGGAAUGAAACUGGAAGCAGUUGACAAAAAGAAUCCCCAACUCAUUUGUGCAGCUACAAUUGGUGCUGUUAAGGGGGAAAUGAUCCAUGUCACUUUCGAUGGUUGGAGAGGUGCCUUUGAUUAUUGGUGCCGUUUUGAUUCAAGAGACAUCUUCCCUGUUGGUUGGUGUGCAAAAAGUGGCCAUCCAUUGCAGCCACCUGGGCAAAAGACAGCCCAUGGAGCAAGUCGGUACAAAACCAGAGUGUGCAAUAUUCCUCCACCACUUGCUGUUUCAUGUGGUGCAACCUCAUCUGAGCAGGUGUUGCCAGGCAGCAGUGUUGGAGAAAAGGAAUCAUCUGUGACAGUUACUGAGCCAGACACAUCAAGUUCGCAAAAGCAGCCAUCUGCAUUUUGCAUAUUCAUUAACCAUGGCUGCACAUGUGGUCCAUAUCUGGAUCCACGUAAAGUAUCAGAAUUGCCGGUGAUGUAUAAUGCCAAGAACAUAAACAGAUUACUCAGAGACUUUGUGCAGUCUCUUGUAGAUGCUGCAUUAGAUCAGAAGCAAAUAUUUGGCAUUUUGAGACAAGGUGAAGGAAAGGUUGUUAUAUCAGUUGCCUUCGACAGUAAAACUGUUGAUGUCCGUCUCCCAGCCAUUGAGAAGAUGUCCGAUUUGUGGAGUUUCUUGGAAAUUCUUUUCGAGGAACUCAUGUGCUGUGAAAAUUUUUGUACAAGCCGGCCUCUGGGAGGUUUGUGCCCCAAGUGUUCAAAGCAGUUAACGCCACCAGCACCUAAGACAGAAGAUUGUGAAGUGAGCACUGAAGGUGGCUCAGAUAGCAGUACAGCUGUGAAACGAAGGUGGUCUUCAGAAAGCUCAGAUUCAAGUUCUCGUCCUGGACAGAGUCCAACAACAGCAGCGGCAGCAAGCACAACUACUGCAUAUUCAUCUGUGGCAUCCACAACAGCACCAUCAGCUAAGCAGCCUAGAAAAUCUGUUCCAGCAGAACUAGAAGCAGCAACUUCAACCACUCACUCUGAAGCACCGCCAAAAACACCAACAGACCCGUCUGAAUGGUCCAUAGAGGAUGUAAUACAGUACAUUGCCUUUGUAGAUCCAGCUUUGGGAACACAUGCAGAACUGUUCAGAAAACAUGAAAUAGAUGGGAAAGCUCUGCUUCUCUUAAAUUCAGAUAUGAUGAUGAAGUACAUGGGUUUGAAGUUGGGGCCUGCUCUAAAAAUUUGCAACUUAGUCAACAGGAUAAGAGGAAGAAGGCAUUUACCUUUAUGACAAUAAUGGAAACCUUCUCUUAUGAAGGUUUCAAUUUCUUUUGGAAAAUGGAUACUGUGGUCAGUAAAGAAAGCCUUGAAGCAAACUUGUAUAUCAUUGCAGCUUAGUUGUAGUGUGAUGGCAGCUCAUGUGCCUGAAGAAGAGAACCUACAGAAAUAAGGAAAAUUUUGUUUUUGUGCACAUAUGUCAUCAAUCUGCAUGUUUGUACACCAUAGCCCAUAAGGAACUGAAGCCUAUCUCAGUACGAGAGGAGUAGUUUGUGUUAACAAAUUUUUGUAUGUAUGUCUAUGGCAACCAUUUGGCCAUUUUGUCUGUUUUCAGAUUUUUUAAUUUUUAUAGAUACAUAUAAUUAUUUUAUUAUAAUUGAAGCCAAUGGUGCACUGUUCAGAAUAGCUCCAUGGAUAAUUUAUUUUACAUGUUGAUUGAUGAUGACUGUUAUAAAUCGAAACAGUAAUUUCAAGGACACCUUAGGUGAUUAUCAUUGGUGAAAUGUGUAUGUAUUUUGAAAUACAGCACAAGUAAUGCAUUACAGGAAUACUAAUUAUGAUGAACCAAAAUUCUGAGUAGGUAUGUGGAGUUUUAUUAAUACAGCAAGCAGAACUGUGUAGAGGCUGGCCUCGUCACUGAAUGCCAGAUAUCCAAGUGCCCAUUUCUGUUACUCAUAUUUUAAUUUUUUACUGUAAUGAAAAUAUUUGUCUUAACAUUUCUCUCUGUAGAUUGAGUAAUGGACAGUUUAAAGAUUAUAUAUUUUACUUGGGUAUGAAACUCGUGGUUUGAAGAGCUCAGUUAAUAUGAGCAAAUCGCAGAAUUUUUCACAUUAUUGUUUGUGAUAAUUAAAAAAAAUUGUCUACAUUGUUAUAAUUUGUUGAUCAUGUACAUUAUAUGUUUUGAGCUUGAUUUGUGGGUAUAGAAAUAUGAACAUUCGUGUAAACUUGAAUAGGAUUCUAUGUGCUCCAUUUUUUUUUUUUUUUUUUCUUGUAUGUUGUUUUUAAUUUUUGUGUAUUUUAUUCCUUUCUCACAAUGAGAAUGACAGACAGUGGUAGAACCACAUUUUAUUCAGAUGGACAGAAGCAAGUUGCAUUUGAGUCAUGGGAAGUCCAGGGUAAGAAUAAUAUUUGAAUAGGUUGAUGAUGGAUCACAAAAAUGUUAGAUGAACUGAAAAAAAGGUCUACUAUUUCCUCUCCUCCCUUUCUUUUUUUUGCAGUUUGGGGGAUGAUAUUUAUAUGUAUUUGGCUCUUUUAUUGUUGCCAUUGUAUGGUCCUGUUUCUUAAGCAAGCCUUUCUGCUGCACAUUGGCCUUGUGUGUCCUAUGUCACAUGUGCACCACAUUUAUGUGUAAGCCUACAGUAUGGUGGAAGCUCAUCUUAGGAGAGAGAUGGCUGCCAAAAAUUAUGAAUAAGAGGGACAUGAAGGUGCAAACACAGCUCUAUGAAAAAAUGUGGAUAUUUCUUUUCACAGAAACUGAUGACGUACAUACAUGAGUAGCUUUUGCAUUGAGUUAAACAAUCUGCAGAUAUCAAAAGUUACCUGAUCUGUUAAGGUACAUAUCCUUCACACAUUACAUUCUUCCUACUUCUAAUUGGGGAACUUCCUGUAAAAAAAAAUGUGAGACUUCAAAUAAAAUACUGUGUUGAUUUCUUUCCUUUGUUAUUAGUUAUAUCAUAGCCUGUCUUUGCCCUUUUUGUCCUAGCACUUUCUUUUUUAUGUUUUUUUAUAUGUUGUAUGUCAUAGUCAAAGAGGGGAGAAUAGGUUAUAAUAGCAAUGCAUUCAGUUUAGCCAGGAACAAGUUUUCUGGGUUUGUGGUAGGGCUUACCAAGCUGGAAUAAUAUUCAAAUGAUUAAUGAUUUGCUCGACAUGUAUUGAGCAGUGCAUAUUUGUGCAAGUUCGUGUGUGUGUGUGUGUGUGUGUGUGUGUGUGUGUGUGUGUGUGUGUGGACUAUAUCUUCAGGAAAUAUUUAAAUUGAAGAGAGAGGUAGAAAUUUCAUUUUUUUAGGAAGUGAACUUGAAAAUGCAUUAUAGAUUUGUUAAAUACAUCAAAGAAACUCUUAACAACUACAACUACUAGUACUACUACUACUACUACUACUACUACUACUACUGUAAUAAUCACUAUUAUUAUUAUUUUUAUUAUUAUUAUUAUUAAUAUUAUUGUCAGGAUGUGGUAUGCAUCUUUUCUGAACUGGCCAUUGUUCCACAAAUCAACCUUGAGUGGCCAUGUGCACCGCAUUUACAUGCAAAGGCUGCAGUAUAAACACAACGUAGUACAGAGUUUGUAACCACACAUUACGAGUAAGAAUGAAGUAAAGAUACAAAAUACGGAUGUUUCACAUUACAGAAACUGACAGUAUAAAAGUGGGAGUAACUUUGACAGUAAUCCAAAAGCUUCUGUAGGUAUCAGGUAUCUCCUGAUGUUUCAGAUUGUAUGUACAGAAAUAAUCGUCUGUGUAUUGUAUGUAAACAAAAACAAAAAUCCUGUAAAAGGACAACAGUGUGACUUUCAGUAAACACUGUGUAUAUCUCAGUUCUUACUGUUCUGUUUUCUGUGUAUCUUUUUGACAAUUUUAUUUUGUGCUCGAAAUGGAAAGGAAAGACAAUGGCAGACCUGUAUUCUAUUCCGUCAGACACAAGUAAGUCAUAUUUGUGGCUGAGGAAGUCCAAGAACAAUACCUAAAUAGGUUUGUUAGCUUUACUUGACAGAUGUAGAUGUCUGUGUGUGUGUGUUACAUCACACCGAGCAAGGUGGCACGGUGGAUAGCACACUGGACUCUCACUCAGGAGAACAAUGGUUCAAAUCCAUGUCUAGCCAUCCAUAUUUAGGUUUUCCACAAUUUCCCUAAAUUGCUCCUGGCAAAUGCCGUGUUGUUUCCUUUGAAAGGACACAGACAAUCUCUAUCCCCAAACCUGGAACAUUCUGAGCUUGUGCUCCAUCUGUAAUGACCUUGAUGUUGACAGGACAUUAAACACUAAUCUUCCUUCCUUUAUGUUAUUUCACCAGUUAAAUGUGUGUAAAAUCAGACAGUAAACUAGGUCUUUGUAGUGUUCCUCGGGGGAUGGCGGAAAUCCAGAGAGAAAUGGAGAGGAUGCUCCAACGUGUCAAAAACUGCAAAAGGAACUAAUGAAUCUCAAAAUUAUGGAGUGGUGUUAGCUAUGAAGUUGCGUUGCUUUAUUCUUGUCAACAGAAUUGGUGUUAUUUCAUUAUCUAUUUAGAGCAUUAGUUACACAAACGAAAAAGAAAAGGAAAUGAUGAAUAGAUAAUGGCAAGUUAUGACUUCAGUCAUACAAGAUGAUAAAAUGUUGGAUUAUGAAAAACUUUUAAGCAGAGAGAAGGUACACAAUGUAAUAAGAAAAAGAAAGUAGUACUGCUGCAAAAAGUUAAUUAAGUACUAUUAGUAGCAUUAAAACAUGGCAUUAGCACUCUGUUGGUCACUGCAAAAUGCACUGCAUUCCUUAUAACUUGAGAUGCUUGGACAACAUCAGAGUAACAAAAUGUGGUGAGCGAUAUGUUUCAAUGAAAGUAAUUUUUCUAACAGCAAAAAAAAUGAUAACUGUAUUAAUGGAGAUGACAAAAAGUACCCAUUUGGCUGAAGUGCAUAAAAAUAAUGCAGCACAGUGGAGAGAAUCUGGAAAUUAUAUAGAUUCUAAGGAAAAGAAAACUGCAUUAUGCUCUGAAGGGAAGAUAUCUCAACAAAGGGCAUUGGUAAAUUGGCUGGCACUACAGAAUUAAGGACUACAGACCGAAAUGUACAAAGUAAUCUUUGGUUUUUCAUUCAUCCCUAUAAUACACAACAGUAAAGACCCAGUUGUAUAAUUACAUUUAUACAAUUUAAACAGAUGAAAUUAAAAGAUAAAUUAAGGAUGUUUUGAAGACACUGUAUCCUUAUGAAUAUUGAAACAUAGAUUUAUAAGACCAGGAAACCUUUAAAAUGUUUUCUCUUAAAGUAGCUGCAGAUGUUCAGUAUGUGCCAUGGAGAAGAUACAGAAAGCCUUUGAUUUCAAUAGGUACCCUCCAAAUCCACUAUAUUACUUUAGGAAUAUAUUGUCCGUACAACUUCGGAGCAGACACAUGGAGAAUGUCUUUGAGACUUGUAAAAAAUUAAAUUCUUUGCAUAUGUAUGACAAUAUUUAGUGUUUCUUGAAAACUUUUUAUGUGGAAUAGCAGGACUUACUAAAAUAAUCAGCAUGUCUGCAAUAUGUAUUGAGUUUACUGGGUGUCAUAAAUUACGUUAGACAAAUGCUGAGAUGGUUGUUUCAGCAAGGUUAUGGCCAAUUUCUGUACCCAUACUUGCCCAGCUAAGCUUUCACGGCAUCUCCAGCGAUCCUGACAUAAGUAUGAUGUUAAACUGUCAUCUCUAUUGCUUUCAUUUUAUCAAAGUAAUAUAUAUUUACUUAUUUCGAUCUUAUUGUUUGGCUCAUUUAGUGAGCAUUGUGUCCAGCACACAGGUCAAGCUAUACUUUGAUAAAUAAUGUCAAACAAAAUUAGUAUUUCUGAAGAAUUACUAAUUUAGAUUUAUCUCACUGCAUUUGGAACAUGACACACUGACUUUGGAUAACAUACUGCAAAAAUAUAAAAGCAAGGGCGUACAUAGCUUGUGCAAUUAAUAGUCAAGAAAUGAGUUCCUGUGUACUUGGCAAAGUACUCCAGAUGUGUACCGAGCGAGGUGGCGCAGUGGUUAGCUCACUGGACUCGCAUUCGGGAGGACGACGGUUCAAUCCCGCAUUUGGCCAUCCUGAUUUAGAUUUUCCGUGAUUUCCCUAAAUUGCUUCAGGCAAAUGCUGGGAUGGUUCCUUUGAAAGGGCACAGCUGACUUCCUUCCCCAUCCUUCCCUAAUCCGCUGAGGACGAUGACCUCGCAGUUUGGUCUCUCUCCCCCAAAUCAACUCCAGGUGUGUAAGAGAUAAUGGUGUUUACCAGAUCAUGAUACGCGUUAUAGAAUUAAAAGACAUAUUUUGCACUGCGGGCCCCAAAGAACAAAAGUUAUGAGUUAUAGAAGUUGUGAAAAACAGCAAACUUAGCUUUCAUAUGCAAAUGAUAAGCAGCACAAUCCAUGCACUACAUCUGACAUGACAGACUGAGCAUAUGGUAGAACUUGUGGUAUAAAGUACCUGAUGAAUCAGUAUGAAUAAAAACAAUAAAAAUGAGAAUGUAGUGUGAAAAAGGUUUCACGGAAUUAAGCUGUGCAUAUUUACUGCUCCAUUGCUCUGUACCUGAAUUGUGAUAAUGUAAUAAUCCAAAACAUAAAUAACAAAGAUCUCAAAUAUAAAAUGAUAGUUCUAUAAGAAGAAGAUGCCCUUGUCUUUUAAAUGGUUAUGCUGAUAGGUAUUGUCACAUCUCAUUUGUUAAUUUGUAUUAUGACUGGCACAACAAUCACCUUGAUUGGUGUGAUACACUCAUUCACUACAGUGGGAUGCCCUCCUAAUAUCAUACUGCACAUAUCAUUCCAGCUAUUCUCAUGGCAAUAUUCUGCAGUUGGUGUUGAUUUCAGAUACCGAAACAAUCACUUCACAAAAGUGUAACUAACACUUAAUUCUCUAGACUAUCUAAUAACAUGUGGGACAUAACUCAUUGAAAAGAAGGUUGAAGAGUUAACCUAGAUAGUGUGUUCAGUGUCUUAUAGUUUUGCAGAAACCUAAGGGUAUUUUCUUCUCACAAAGGACCAUGCAAGCAUCUCAUCCAUAUUUUUUAAACAUUUAUUCUCAGCAUAUAAAUGUGUGUCCAGGAUCUGCUUAAUGAUAUUAAAUAUUAAUUGUAGAUUGGUACAUGCACAGAACUGUGAUACUGUAAAGAUUAAUCGAGCUAUCUGCACUAAAAAUAUCAUAUAUAAAGUUGAGAUUGUGGCAUGUUUAAUUGAUUGGACUAACAUCAAAUGUUCAGAAUGGCCAUAAAUCUUUCCUGGUAUGCUUACAAAUGUAAUGGGCCAGAUUCUGACAAGGUUAUCAGUGAAGUAAGCUCAGAAAGCAGUAGCCAGUAUAUACUCAUUUUCAGUUAAAAAUAUGUGCACUGCUAUCCGAGUAUCUAGUUACGGUAGAUGUGUUUAUCAGCUGCAGUGAGAAUCCACAGUCAAAGAGAAGUUGAAAGUUUUAAUAUACUUUGGUUUAUAAAUCAUUUUAUGUUUGUUACAAAACUACAGGAUGUGUAGAUACUGAACUGUGAUAAUCAUAGAAAAACUAAGAGUCGGGCAUAUAUUUUCACAUUUUGUAACUGUAAGAUCUGCACUGAAUUCACUUCAUAAAAAUAAACUUAACAAGAGAAGUAUUAAUUUGCCUGAAUUCAAAUGUAUAUUGUUUGAAAUUGUAGAUGUAAAUGUAGAAUGCCUAUUUGUUAUUAAUGGAAGCUAUAUUCAUUUAGAUGAAAGUGCAACAUAAGAUGUAACUGAGAUUUAAUAGUUUCAAGCUAUAAUUUGAUUUUUUAGUCUAUUGACUAUAAUUAUUUCACAAAUUGUCAUUUUCUCCAAUUUGUGCUACUUAUAUAAGUUUUAUUUCAAGAGCCAUCACAGCAGAUUUGCAUGUCUGCUUACUAUUGUAGUACAAGCUUUUAACAUGAAUAAGCAAGUUUUUUCCUUGAUAAAAUAUGAAGAGAAGUCAGUAUUGAGUGCUUUAUAUCUACCUUCCUGUUCUUUGGAAGGAUCAGAGUUUUAAGUUUUAUGUGAAUAAAGUAUUCUGAUUUAAAGUCCA